AUGCCGGUCCCCAGUGGUGGUGCCUUCAGUCAAUCCAAUCAGCCUUCAUGUUUUCAACGGAUGAAAAUGGGGUUCUUUAUGGGGUUCUGCGUUGGCAUGGCCACUGGCGCAAUUUUCGGUGGAUUUAUGUAUUUUCCUUUUAGGCAUGGACUUCGUGGACGCGAACUAAUCCAGACCGUCGGAAAGGGAAUGAUUCAAGGCGGCGGAACUUUCGGAAUGUUUAUGGCUAUUGGUACAGGAAUCCGGUGUUAG